AUGUUUGCGUUACGUUCACGAGGUGUUAUCGACUCGCUAUCGGAUGUUUCAUCCAGUGAUGAUGAAAAUGAAAUUAAUAAAAGUAAAGUUAGCAGUUCGGAUGAUGAAAUAGCAGUUCCAUCUCAACGUUUCGCACCUGUCAGUUUGACGGAAGUUUUGAGAAAAAGAAACAAGGUUGCCAGAGUCCUUUAUAAUAGCAAUAAAGUAUUACCAAAAUACUGGAAGCGGAGAUACGAUCUUUUUGAACGGUUUGAUGAAGGUGUUCAGCUUGACGAAGAAUCAUGGUACAGCAUAACACCAGAAGCUAUUGCUCGUCACCAGGCGAAAACUUGUUCAUGUGAUUUACUCGUAGAUGCUUUUGCGGGUGUUGGAGGAAAUACUAUACAGUUUGCGCGCACAUGUCAACUUGUUUUAGCCAUUGAAAACUGUUUUCCGCGAUUAUUAAUGCUCCAAAUUAAUGCACAAAUAUAUGGUGUUUUGUCAAACAUUAUGCUUGUUUGUGGAGACGUUGAAAAAAUUUUAAGUAGUUUAAGAAUUGUUCGAUUGUCGUCUACAAGUUUUACAACUGGCAAUGAUGAUACAAGCGUGCGAACUUUAGAAAAUCAAUGUGAAAGCGAUCAUUUGAAAGUAACUUCUAUACGUUCACCUGAGAAUAACCGAAGUACAUUAUUAUCUGGAAAUAAUGAACAAUCUGCAGAUUUUUCGUCCGAAACAUCGAUUAACAUAGAUGAUAAUAUUUUGAAAUCCGACUUCAAUCUAUCUGAACAUCAGAGUUCAUCAUCACAUUUAUUAGCUAAUACAGAGACCACAUUAGAAGUGAACCCAGAGUUGAAUGAAAAUGGAACUUUAGAGAAGCCAACUAAUUCUACAUUUAACUCACUUAUCGAUAUCAUAUUCAUGUCACCACCUUGGGGUGGUCCUGAUUACAUUGGGAAACAUUUUUCCACCUGGCUCGUCUAG